AUACUCCCGGGGGUUGGGGGUUUGGGCGCAGCCGCAGGGAAGGGGAGGCAGGGGGUGCAAGCCACCAGCUUCAGGGCAGGCGAAUCCUCGGAGGAGGACCGGUGCAAACCUCCCCCUCGGCCCACUAACCCGUGCAACACCAGCCUCUCCUCGGGCCGCGGGGCGAGCGGACUCUGCAAAACUGGAGUCCGGCCCGGGUCCGGGAAGAAGGGGGCGAAGGUGCAGAAGCGGGCGCCCCCGGCCCAGGAUCGGGGCCAGAAGAGCGCAGCGCCCCGGGCCUCCCCGCCGGAUGGGGGCUGCUCCGGCCUACUGGACGCAGCUGCCUUGGCGAAGGGCUCACCCGGCGCCCAGAGCCCCAGUCGGCUCAGCGGGCGGCGGAGAGGAAGGGCUGCUGCCAGGGGCGCAGCCGCGACUGUGGCGUGUGCGUUGGGGGCAGGGGCCCCUACUCACCCGGGCCGGCCGCCUCCGCCUCCGCCGCCCCGACCACCGCCUCGGCGGUCCAUCCCUGCGGCGGGGGGCCUGUAGCCGCGGCGCUCGAGUAACAACCGCCGGCCGGGCCGGCCCCUCCCCCCUGCCCAACGUCUGUCCUCAGGGCCGCUCCGCAGUCCCGGCCUCGGCCGCCGCCGCCGCCGCCGCCGCCGCAGCGCUACGUGGCCGCCGCUCCGACGUCUCGCGACUCCCUUCCGAGCGCGCGAGGGCGAGCGGGGCCGGCGGGGCGGGCGGCGCGCGGGGAGGGAGGCAGGGGAGGGGGUGUGCGUGUGUGCUUGUGUGUGCGGAGAGGAGUGCAGGGAGGGAGGGAGGGAGGGCGAGCGCCGGCGAGAGCGCGCGCGCGCCCGCGGCCCCUUCCCUCUCCGGCCCCCCCGCCCUACGGGGAGCCCGACACCUCCCUCCGCCCGCCCCCCUGGCAUCCCGGCCGCUGGGCGCGGCGGCGCGCAUGCGCAGCCCUCGGGGCCGGCCCCGGCGCACCUUUUCUCCCUCCUGCUCACAUUGUGAGCGCUCCGCCGCCCGCAAAACUGCCGAUUCCCGCUCCACCCCCGCCUCCCCCACUCCACCCACUCCCGGGCACCCAGGUAAAGGCGUGGAGUGCGCGUGCGCACCGCUCUUCUUGGGUUUGGGGGCGUGGCUGCUGAAAGGAAGCCAAAAUGUAGAGUGGGAGGGAGCUUUGGGUUCUGGGGGGUGGGAUUCCACGAAGUAGGGGGCGGGUUAAGAUUAGGGAAAGGUGAAGUGAAGAAAAGUAGGCCCGAGUGAGAUUUAGAAGUAAAAGAACUUCUUUGGUUUAUGAAAUAAGGGUCUCUGAAAUGAUACUUAAAUGGAGUGCGUAUAGAAAUGUAGAAAUCAGCCAUCACAACACGUCUAAACAACUUUGAUGUGAAAACUCAAGUCCCACCUGACAGCACCAGGCUGGAUAAUAUGCUGCAGUGGAGAGUGGCCUGCAGAUGACCAGGGAGUGACCCGGAACUGACCAUCUGCUUGAAGCCCUCACUGGUGGCAAGGCUGAGGCUUGGCCUGCAAACAAGGUAAACUUCUAGGAGAUCCAAAGCCACUCCUUUGGAGUUCCUUAGAGAAAAAAGCUUCAGGUUCAUUGGUGACAGAAAAAUGGGGACAGAGAAGAUAGGGAAGCAAGAGGCCCUAAACCAGGUGCCCAUCGACUCAGAAGCACGCUUACCAUCACACUGGGUGCAUAGGUGAAUCCUCUGAUGCUGGUUGGUGAAGAUCUUGAGGGAGGUUUUUCCACAUUCUUCGGAUUCAUGGUUUCUCUCUAAUGUCCACGCCGAUGUUGGGUCUCAUCUUGAGCGAAGGUUUCCGCACAUCACGUUCUAUGUAAUUAAAUUCCUGGACACUGAGUCAGAGGUGCCGUCCAAGCCUCCAGACUCACCCGAGGGCUCUCGCACGGACACAUCAGAUACAGGUUUCUUUCCAGAGACUGAAUUCAUGAAGGGCGGGACCUAGGCACCCCCACCCCCAUGGAGAGAACAGAAUGGGGGCUGAUGUCCUUGGGGUCUUACCAUGUGGACAUCCUGUUGGAACAUUCUUCACUCCUCCCCAGCAAGGCACAGUCUGCUCUGUGAAGAAUCCAGGCAGGAAGUAAAGGAGAUCUCUGCGGCCACAGUGGAAAUGCCCAGACUCUCAGGAACCCUGGAUGGUCAUCCAGUCUGACCACACAUACCAUUCUGUUUUCAUUAUUAGUGUCUGUCCUGACUGCUAGUUCAUGGGCUCCCCCAGGACAGGAGGCAUGUGUGCCCUAGACACCAGUAGAGCCAUUUCAGUGUGUAUCACAGUGCCUGGUACAGAGCGGCUGUUAUUAAAUAUUUGUUGAAUAAAUCAACUAUAAAUGUGGAAGUGAUUCCCUUAAAGAGCUCUUCGCUCUUGCUUAGAUGUUGAGUUACAUUACAAGAUGGGUGUGUUGGGGGUGCGUAGGGACACCCUUGGGUAAGAAAUGCAUGGGAGGGCUCUGGAAAAUAGCCCCAAAGUUCCAUUUGUAUCUGCUGAGUAACAGGGAACCCCUGCAGGUUCUUCGGGUCACCGACAGGAGAAGGCAAGCGGGCGCGGGUUUUACAGGCUGUAUUUGAUCUGGAAGAGGGUAGGGUUACCCGAAGAACAGUGCGUCUUCUGGGAGCCACCUAAUCGCAGUGGCAAGUCCAGAGAUGACUUUUGUGGCUGAAGGGUGAAUGUUUCAGCCGGGUGAGUGUCAAGAAUGCGGUAAGAGCUCUAGGGAGCCUUGCUGCUGUGUGAACUCAGAGCUGACGGUGGAAACAGAAGAGCCAGUGCAGUAAUAGCCAAAAAUGGCCAAAGAGGAAGACGCCUUGGGACCCAGCCCGGGAUCCUGGCGUUGCACUGUGUGGAGUGGGGGUGAAACCAAAUAGGAAGAUGUGUCUUUCUCCUGAGGGCAGAGGCCGUGUCUUAAGCAUCUACACCCACAGCUCCAAGCAGAGUGAGCGCCUUGCACACAGUAGCUGCUUAAUAAAUGCUAGAUAAAUGAAUGCUGGUUGGCUGGCUCUGGGAGGCACUGAGGAUGUGAGAGCUUGUGCGGGCCCCUGAAGCCCUGUUUACUGUCUUCUCUCCUCCCAGCUCCUCAGCCCACUCUUCUGUGUCGUCCCACCUCUGCUUUAAGCCAGAAGAUGUUCCCAAAGAUCGCGGCUCUCUAGGUGGCCAGCAGAGAGUAGGAAAGGUGACACUAGCACCUGCCACCUGGGUCUCAGCCUCAGCUGGUCAGGUCACUCCCUCCCUUCUCCUUGGGGUUCCCACUGCCGAUAGGAUCCCACCCAGCCCCCCACCCAGUCAUCAGGUGUUGUUCACGUUUCCUCCUAGUCUUUCUCUCUUUGAUCUCAUCUGGGCAGGCAGGGACAUGUCACUGCUGGAAGCCUGGCAUAAGCAGAUGUGUGCGUGCAGGCACACACGACCCUUUCCCUGUCUCGGAGCCGUCGUCUGGGCCUCUGCCCCUGGCCUGACCCAUCUUUAUGAGGCCGGGGCUCUUCCUCUCCAUGUGCUGAAGGUAGCAUCUGAUGCGAGAGAGCCAGGCAUUCUGCACAUCCGUGUCUGCGGCGUUGGCCUCCCUCAGGGGCUUGGGGAAGAUCCACCCAUAAGGAAGGACCUUCCAGAGAGACAAGAAACCAGAAGCCUGACCUCGUGAUGCCCACAGCACCUGGCAAGGAAGGUACCAGUUCUGCUGUCCUGGCCCAGACCCAAUUCUCUCUUCCAGCAUCCACGCCUUCCCUGGCUCCCCUCCAGGCCGACAAGAUCUGCUCCAGUUGGGGAAGGAUAAGUAUGGUCUAAUGAGUAGCGGCAGGAGAGGGAGGCCCCCAUGAUCUCGGUCACAUCAUACCCUGGCUCUGUGCCUCAGUUUCCCCCUUGAGAAAGUCUGCCCCUGCUUCCAGGGUUCGGAAGUUCCCUGGUCUCACUGGGGAAGAAACCCACAAUGGUGUUGUGUUCCCUUGCAGCCAGGAGCCGCCCGCCCUGCCCUGCCCCACCCCAGGAGGACUUGGUAGUUGGUGAAGCCCGGCCAGCAAGGCAGGGUCCUGCAGGAUGAAAGCUCGGAGACGCCAGAGCAGGAAUAAUAAUGAUAAUCAUCGGCUGUGGCGUCUCAACCGUCCAGGAAUGCGAGGCCCACGCCCUGCGCUCCCCACACCCCGAGACACUCUGAGGGCUCCUUUCCCUUGAUUUUACUGCAGUGGUCCCACACUUAGCCAUUCCCAGCCCAAUCCAUUUGGGUUCCCAAGGACUGCAGUCCAGCUCCUGGCUCAUCCAGCCCCCAGGUUCCCCAUGGGAAGAGUGAGCUCGACUACAGGGUCGAGGGUAGGACGCCAGGCUCCCUGGAGGCUCGGGCUCCUGGGUUUCCCAGAGAAGCACUCUGGCCAUCCCUGGCCUGGAGCGCUUUCCCACAGACCCAUUUUUGUCUGGUCAGCUUGAGGUCCAGGAGCUUUGCCUGUGUCAAUACAAAUCAGAAUUCGAGUCCUGGCUGGGCCACACAUUAACUCGCGGUAGGACCUUGGGCAAGUUUCGUUUUGUUUUUAACUUCUUUGGGUUCGCUGUCUCACCUGCCCCAAAACUUCCAAGGUUCCCCCUUGUUCACUGAAGAUAAACUCUGAAUCCCGUAGUCCAGCAUAUGGCUGUUGAAGAUCCGGUUCUUUGUUUUUUUGGCCGUGCCGUGCAGCCUGCAGGAUCUUAGUUCCCUGACCAGGGAGCGAACCACGGCCCCCUCCAAUGGAAGCGUGGCGUCUUAACCACUGGACCACCAGGGAAGUCCCAAAGAUCUGGUUCUAAUUCACCUUUCCAACCCCACUCUUCUUCACCCUCCAGAUGCCAGCCACAAGUGACUCCCUGCUGUUGGUCAUGCAUAUCCCAUGCUUUCCCAUUCUGGGGUUGCCAUCCUUCUUUGGGAAUGUCAUUUUCUUCAUUUCUACCUGGCCAGACCUUCCUAGCCUUUGAGGUCCAGGCCAGAGAUCAUUGCUUCCAUGACUGCCUGACUCUCUUCCCACCUUGGAAUGCUGGUUCUUCUUUGUCUGAACCGCAAGCUCCUGGGUCCAGCCUCUGCCCUGGUUACGUGCAUAUCUCAGCUUGCCCACUGGGGUCGUCAGUGUGCUGAGGUCUCCAUCUCUGUGUCCUCAUAGCGCCUAGUACAGCAUCCUGCAUACACGACACAUGCUCAAUAAAUAAGUGUUGGGCAUAAAUUGUGGCAAAUAAUCAUCCCCACCCUAUUAACUUCCCCACACAAAUGUGCUUUGAAAAAGUAAAAGUAAUUCUUUUAAUAUAAAAUUGUAUGCAUGUGUGUUCUCCCCAGUUUCCUCGGGGUAGUGGAACGCAGGUACCCAAGUAUCCGGUGAAGGUAUUAGCUCCCUAGCAUUGGGCCGACAUGUGGAAGGCUUUUCUCAACCAGUCGCUGGUCCAGUCUGAACUUAGAUUCUGCAUAGCAGGCGGCGAGCUCUUCCCUUCCUCAGAGAAUGGCAAUCCCAUCCCUUGGGGGCUUCCGUUUUUCUAAGCCCCAUCAGCCUCCAUGUGCCGUGGGACUCAUAUGCCAGCAGGACCCCUGGAUUCAAGUGUUGUUAAGAGAUGAGAGGUUGGAUGUGUUUCGAAGCCUCUCACCUGGAUCCUUAUGAGAACACCUUGGAGCAGUGUUCCCUGCUGCUGCCUAAAGAAGAGAAGGACCAUGGCAAUGAAAGAGAAGUGAGCCAUUGCGGCCACACUUUGAGUACAAGCAUCCUUUGUUCUAAGAGUCCCCACCACUCCCGCCGGUCAGACGCCCCGUGGUCCGGUCCUGAGCAGCGAAGCCUUCUGACCCCACCAUGAGCUGGGACUAUAGCCCUGUUCCAUCUCGCUUGUUCCCUGGCACCCCUUUUGGAGUUGGUCAGUCAUUCAGUCCGCAAACAUUUAUUGGGCAUCCCGCACGAGCAGAGUGCCGUGCCGCGUGGCUACUGGGAAAGUCAAGAAAACGUUGGUGCUGCCUUCGGGAGAAAACACUCUCCCACCACAAACACCCAGAGAGCUGCUUACUACAAGUUCAAAAGAACUCCGUCUCAGAACCAAAGGGGUAACGGGGAGCCAAACAGGGUGGGCUUUAUCAGAAAAGUCUUCUUGAAAUGGGGACAUUGGAGCCUAACUUUGAUUCUCAGUAGGGCUGUCCCAGCUGAACAAAUCGGUGCCCAGGGUUGGGAAGCUCAUCCUGGCAGUGGGACCCAGAAUUCCCCCGCCACCUCUGCCAGGAAGCUGCCUUGUGAAUCCUGGGCUGCCCCUUCCCCUCUGGGCCAACUGGGCGAUAAGGACGGGGGACCAGCCCCAGCAAGGAGGAAGUGGCCUGGCUUCCUGUUUGUUUGUGAAUCUCAGAGCAGCACCGUGCAGCCAUGAACCCCAGCUAAGCAGAACAAGCCCAGCCUGAGCCCAGAGUUCCAGGGAGACCCACCAACCAACCCAGCAAGUCCUCAACCAUCUGGGACUCCAGAGCAGAGACCCAUCCCAGGGCAGCCACACUUGGAGGGCUAGCCUGGUAGCAGCCAUGCCAGGUCGGCAGGGUAAAGAGGUGGAGUAAUGACUUCCCCAAAGAAGUCAGAGUCACACAUUCAUAAUAUGAAGCCUCUGGGCAGCUCCAGGGGCUCAAGCAAUGCCAUCUCCCCACCCCAAAGAUUAUUUCCUAGGACCCUGGACACAACCCUUUUGCCUUGUAAGAAAACCUUGUGCAGAGAUUGGACCCUUUGAAAAAUGGGGCAGCAUUCAUUGUGGUUUUGUUUGCAACAGCAAAACACACGAAAAACCACCAGCAAGUCAUCCAAAAGCCGAUUCGUGACAGAAAAACAUGAUAGAUCCAUACUGGGGGAAACG